AGUCAAUUCCUGGUUUGGGACAACAACACGCUAUCCCUCAUGCCUGGUAAUAUCAGAUGGUCUGAUCUGUCUUUUGCAUGCUCUUUGACCUCAUUUGCUAUCUGUUGUCAGCGAGUAACUAUACUUCCGAAUAUACAAAGCACCUUAAAAUAUUAGGAAAUACUGCCGACAGGAGUACGGCAUAACUAAGUGAUCGACCGGGAAAACUGCGGUACAAGGAAACCUUUGUCUUAGUCUACCAACCGGGCCUAGUUUCACCAUGCAGCCCGUUUUAUCAAUCUCUAACGGGCUCCGCUUUCUGAUUGAGGAUACUCUAAUGGUGCACAACUGGUGGAGGAAUAUACUCGGCGAUAUGAGUAGUCGUCAUUGUACUGUUGCAACUUCCUCAGUCAGCAUAUAAAGCCGCCAUCAUACCCACGGCUGUGCAUAUAGAUUGGUACUCUAUACUCCUUUUCCAAGUUUGUCAAUCCCUCCCUCAUAUCAAAAACUGCUGGUUCAGUUGGUUCUCGUCAUUUUAGCAUUGAGUCCGUUUUCCGUUGGCCAUAACGCCCUGGCAAAAUGGUUCUCCUCCGUUCUUUCCUGACGGCAGCUGCCCUGCUAGGUGCAUCUGCUCAGGCCCAGAGUGUCGUUGGUACUCCGUUUGGCUUCGCCAGCGGGACUACUGGCGGUGGUAACGCCGCUCCGGCGGCGCCCAAGGACCCAAGUGAGCUCAAGGAAUGGCUGGCCGACUCUACCCCCCGAGUGAUCGUGAUCGACAAGGAGUUCAACUUCAUCGGUAGUGAAGACACUUGUACCGACUGCGAAUGCUGUGUCCCGGAGUCGAAUACCUGCGGCGAUGCUGGGCAGAAUGCAAUCAAAACCAAGGGUUCUGACUGGUGCGGUUCCUACCCUGCUACGAAGUGCACAUACGACAAUGCCGGCCUUCAAGGCAUGGAGGUUGCCUCUGACAAGACCAUCAUCGGUGUGGGCGACGCCGGUGUGAUCCGGGGUAAGGGUCUGAGGCUGGUCAAUGGCGUCAGCAACAUCAUCAUCCAGAACAUUCACAUCACCGAGCUGAACCCCCAGUACAUAUGGGGUGGUGAUGCUAUUUCGCUCGACGGCACGGACAAGAUUUGGAUCGACCAUGUCAAGGUCUCCCUGGUUGGCCGCCAGAUGUUUGUAACUGGUUAUGAGUCUAGUGGUGGUGUGACUGUUUCCAACAGUGAGUUUGACGGUCAGACUAAGUGGUCCUCCUCCUGCGAUGGACACCACUACUGGUCUGUCCUAGGUUAUGGCAAGGGCGACCAGAUCACCUUUGCGAACAACUACUUGCAUCACACGUCCGGCCGUUCUCCUAAGAUCGAGUUCGAUAGCCACUGGCACGCAUACAACAACCUCUGGGAGAACAACAGCGGUCACGCCUUCGACGUCGGUGAGGGAGCCAAUGUGCUUAUUGAGGGCAACGUUUUCUCCAAUGUCAAGACUCCUAUGAACCCCGAGAAUAAGCCCGGCUCCACCUUUGCUGUGAACGCUCAGGACGCGUCUUCCUGCACCUCUGCGCUCGGCCGUCCUUGCAUUGCGAAUGAGCUGACCAGUUCCGGCGAAUUGUCGGGCAAUGACGAAGCGGUUCUCUCCGGCUGGCCGAAGGGCGAAGGCGAUUCUAAGGCUAUGACCACAGAUAAGGUGCCUUCCUAUGUCAAGGCCAACGCGGGUGUCGGCAAGUUGGGCGCUGGCGGUGCUUCCAGCAGCGCAAGUGUUACUCCUUCCCCUACCUCUAGCGCGGUCCCAUCUUCCAGCGCAACCCCAUCCUCGUCGGCUUACGUCAGGCGCCAUCACGCCCGUCGCCAUCACUAGGCCUCUCAACAUACACAUGAACGCAUCAAGCAAUCUCCAAGUAAUCUAAGGGGUAUGCCGAUCACAUCGAUGCCUGUCUUGUACAUCACUCGGUCUGUGGCGGUGUAAGGGCUACCGGUCCUAAUGUUAUUGAGAAGGCUAGAUGUCCAUCGACAUCACGGAUUUCUGUCUAUAGUUGUCAUUCCUUGUAACUUUAGAUUUGGUGAUUUAAUCAGAACAGCGCAGUUUAGAGCUCCAUGCUCUCAGCUUUGUGAU